AACCCUAGCUAAAACCCUAAACCGUUGUUAUGCUCCAUCAAGCGGGAAGUGAUGUCAGGACAAAAUCCAUCUACCUCGGGACUGAUUCACAAUCCGAGAAUCUCAGUUCACUGGUCCGCUGCUGAGCAGAAAUCGUUGGAGGAUCUCAUCGCCAGAUAUUUCUCUCCACAUGAUACCUAUGUAGACGAUGAGAAGGUUUAUAUGUAUGCUGCAAUUGGUCGUCACUUUAGAGACAAGACGGUAAGAGAUGUGGCUCUGCGCCAUAGAUGGAUGAUGGAGAAACACAUUUUAGGAGAUAAAGGCCAUUCAGCACUAAUUAGUUCUCAUGCUUGUGGAACAGAUUCCACUUUCCAAUUAGACACUAAUGAUCUGGUACGGGAGGCUUUUACCAGAAUUUAUCAAAUGCAAAAUGAAAUAGACGUGAAUCUCCGCAGCUCAAAGCCCGGAGCAAACAUCAGUCUCAUGUGUGAAGUCAGCAUGCUGAUUUCAUCGAUCCAUGGCGUUUCUAAUGGAGUUGCGGGGCAAACAAAGCUGACGCUUCCUGUUCCAUGCCUCAAGGAAGAGAUCUUGGACACACUCCUUGCAUUCUUGCCUUUCAAUAACACUAAUGAGGCUUGUGAUCCAGAAGAAGUAGAUGGAUUCUUCGGAAUAACGAGUUCUUGAACUUGAAGUUUUUAACUUGGUUGUUCAUUUUUUUAUUGUGAGAUUUUUGUUAUGCUUUUCAGUUUCUGCGCUCACAUGCUUGAUAUGAUAACAUAUUUGUCAUAUGAUAUGAUGUAGUGAUUUAGAAUUGAACCUUUUUGGAUAUUUAUUUGAUUUUAAUGUCACUGUCAUUGUAUUCUUUCCAUGCCCACUCCUUUGUGUAUAUAUUGGUAUAAUGAUCGUCGUAG